AUGCCCGGAACAAUAGAUCUCCGUGCCACCAUUCCGGCGGCUAAGAUGGUCUCAAAUCCGGGGAAUCUCCGCCUGCUCGGCACCUGGAACCAGGUUGCAAUGCGAGCCUAUGUCCGGCAAGUGUUUUGCUUUCCAAUCGACGAGCAGCUGAACGGCUUCGACAAGCUGUGCAAGCACAUCCAAAACCGGCUCAAGCUUGCAUGCAAUCAUUUCCCUCACUUUGCGGGAAAGAUAUAUCUUGGCCGGACCAAGGGGACAGUGCACCUUUCCACGACGAAAAAUGAUAAAGUGUCUUUCAAGUUUUUUGAUAAUCGACAAUGUGAGGAGUCGUUGUUUAGCUGGAGCUACCCCGAGCUCAAGGCGCAGGGUUUCCCCUGCAAGGCAUUUGUAGGGCCCUGUUUCGACCUGCCGUAUGACUUGACGGAAAAUGGGCCCGGAGUGCCUGUUACUGAGGUUCAUGCACGCAUUAUCCGAGGCGGCGGUCUAUUGCUGUGCUUCUACUUCCACCACUCCAUUACAGAUGGCAUUGGCAUGCACAGCUUUAUAUCGACCUUUGCCGCCUUCACCCGCCGCGACGAGACGGCUGCCCAGAAUGGUAUCGAGGACGGUGUUAGGGCUGGUGUUAAAAGUGUCGCCGAGUAUGCAGUCAAGAAUGGUGUCGAAAAUGGCCAGGCCAACAAGUUUGAAUACCCCGCCAAUAUAGACGUGGAUAUUCCCGAGAGCGAAACGACUGCUUUACUCGAGUCGUCCUUUGAGGACCUGAUGAAGGAUUGUCCCGAAUACACCCUUCUUCCCCAGCCGACGGGACCAACCGCCCCAUGUACCCGCCGAGAACGGGUGCCAUCUCUUGCCAAUGUCCGUAAGACGGGCCGCAUAUUCAAGUUCAACGAGGAGAAGAUUAGGGCCCUUCACGCAGUGGCGCAAAAUUGGAGUGGGAGCCACGUUAGGACCUUUGCCUGUCUGGCGGGUGUCGUGUGGAGCUUCUGUACCGCUGCACGACUCGCGGGCCAUCAGCCGCGAGCGCCGUCUGUCCCAAAUCCGACCAACUUAAACAAAAACAGCUUAACAGACAAGACACACCUUCUCGUCCCAGCAAGCUGGAAAAAAUGUGCGUAUCAAGGCGGGCUACCUGGGUAUGCAAGCAAUGCGGUUUGCAUGCCCAGGAUUUGCGCCAACAUGGACGACCAUGUGGUGAUUAGUAGCCAGCAGCCAUGUACAAAGGCCUCCCCAGCCUCGGCUGCGACAGCGGACGAGCUGCUGGGCAAACUGAUAUGCUCCAUCGACUCGGCAAUAACAGCCAUUGACAAGGACUUUGUUGACAAACGGACAGCCAUGUUUCGAGCUGCCCCGGAUCCUCGAUUUGUCGGUAUCAAUCUGGAUCCUCAAGAGCCUUCGGACUUCAUCUUCAACUCUUGGCGUCAUCUGGGAGCCGAUGUUAUAUUUCGGUUUCCAGGAUUAAAGCCCGAGGGCAAGUCAAGUUCAGGUGGAAGAACAGCUGAUGCUGUGCGUCGCGCGCAGCCACAGUGGAAUAUGGGCGCUGGACUUGUGCUACCAGGAAAGCUGCAUUCGGAUUAUGAGAUAUUGGUGACGCUGGACAAGGCGUCGAUGAUGCGACUGUUGGCGAACGAGGAGUGGAAGAAGUGGGUGAGCAAUGACAACACGAUUGAGUAG